AUGUCUCCUGAAACAAGUAUAAAUGAUUUGUAUCAAACAUUUAUAAUGAAUCCUAAUAAACAAAAUCAAUAUCAAAUUCGCAGAAUGCUUGAAACUGAUGUUGAAACAGUAGUUAAAAUCGAGCAAAUUACAUGGCUUGAUCAAGCAUGGUCUUCUCAACAGUUUCUCGAUUUUGUUAAUUAUCCACAUUGGAAGUGUUGGAUACUUGAAAGUACUCACAAUGAUACUUUAGUAUUUGGAUAUGGUCUUCAUUAUAUCGACAACCAUGUAUCACAUAUAGCGAAUAUAUGUAUUGAUCCUUAUCAACGUGGUCAUGGGUUAGGUGGAAUACUUUUACAAUAUAUGAUAGACUAUUCUCGUCGACUAGGUGCGUCAACAAUUGAACUUGAAGUAAAUACAUCAAAUAUAAAUGCAUAUAGAUUAUAUUAUAAAUAUGGUUUUCGAAUAGUUCGAUCUCUUCCUCAAUACUAUGGCAAAUAUGGAGAUGCUUAUCACAUGGUACUUGCAAUAUAA